AUAUGAUAGUGCAAAUAACGAUUCUUCUGUUAUUGAACAUCAUUUCUCCCGACCCAAAGUCCCAACCAAACGAAAUUUCUUCUGUCACUUUUCCUGUUUCGUGCAGACAACGUUUUGACAGCAACAAUACAGCCUCAGUGACUGAAGCAAACUGAAGAAGCAAUUGUCAGUUAUAUAGCUGACUUUUUUACUCCGCUGAAAGCUGUAUCAACACCUGCUCUUGAAAGUUGCUAAAUGGCUCUUUCAUUUCUGGGAUUCGGGAAGAAAAAGCCGUCAACGCCAUCAGAUGAUAGCUAUGUUGUAGUUACGCGGAAACCCAUGCCAGACGGAAACAUGUAUCCUGCUUUUGGAAAUGAAAGUAAUUUGGUCUCCCUUCCUUACCAAGUUCACCCUGCAGAAGAAGCAGCAGAAGUAGUUUCAGCAGCCCAGGAUGUGCAUCCAUCCAAUCCUCUCGAUGAUGUGCCAUUUAAACUUUCAUCUUCUCUAUCAGGCGGAGGUUCAUGUGAAUGGUCUAGAAGUGAUGCAGCCCAUUUUAAAUCAGUAAUGUCCAGAGCUGUCCAUCAAAAUGAAUCUGUUUUUAAAUAUGACUUUUCUCAUGAGAUUUCAAUUAUGAGAGAAAGCAAUCAGGGUUCAGGCGAUUUAUAAUGACUGAGUGCCCUUCAAGGCUGGUCACUUGUUAAUCGUUUCACUCCUCUAAUUAACUUGCCCUCUUAAUCACAAUUAAAUAUUAUUCUGAUAAGUGUUCGAUUGAAUUGUAAAUUGAAGUAUGAAUGUUCUGUAGAGAGAAUGAAAGGUAAUCUAUGUGUUGCUAAGUUAAUAUGUGUAUGGCAUGAUUUAUAAUAGAGCCCUUAAGAUGUGAUAUACUAAAUAAAUUAUGCUUGACAA